AUGCCUCGUCGCAAGCGUGCCGCCGCCGAGUUCAUCGAUCUCACAGCAGAUUCUCCUGAGCCAGUUCGUAAACGACCAGCUGUGUCUUCUUCGCAAACUUCUCGGGCACCUCUUGGCCUAAAUUAUGCAUCUCAGAGGAGCCAGUCGUUUGCUUAUCCAGCGGCUACACAAGAGCCAGACUAUCUGGACUUGACGCAAGACGACGACACCGCCGACAAAGAGUUUUAUGGCACUUUUGAUGGCAAAAUCGUUGGGGUGAGGCACUAUGAUGGAUAUGCUUCCCCUGGCGAGGCCGUCUUGUGUUGCAGAGAGCCGGAAAAUCGGUAUGACAGAAAUGCUAUCCGCAUAGACAACGUGCUUCACCAACAAAUCGGCCACUUGCCUCGCAAAAUUGCUGAGAAGCUCGCCCAUUACAUUGACUCUGGAGAUCUCACCGUGGAAGGCCAAAUCAUAGGAGAAAAGGCCUACUAUGAUUGUCCCAUAAGACUGUCCUUUUACGGGUCAAGUGAUCCUGCGGAGCGGACCAGAAUCGAGGGUGCUCUAAAGGCAGACAAAUUUGUCAAGGCUACUCAGCUUAAGAAGACCAGGAAGGAAGCCGAGGCACGUAGGGUAGUGCUUGGGCUGUCUCAAAGUAUCUCGACAGCUGGCAUCGACACUAGCCAGGCGAUUCCCGAAGUGUCACUCGAGGAAAUCCUCCAGUCUAGCGAUGCCAUCGAGUUCCGCAAAGGCGGUGAUGCCAUCAAGACCCUGGCAAUGGGCGAGGAUGAGCUGUCCAAGAUGCCCCAGGCCGAACAACCCGGUCAGCUCAAGUCUACUCUCUUGCCAUAUCAGCUACAGGGUCUGGCCUGGAUGCAAUCGAAAGAGAGCCCCAAACUUCCAGCUGUGGGUUCGGAUACGAUAACCCAGUUGUGGAGACGCGACAACAAGGGCCGGUUUUGGAAUGUCGCCUCUGAGUUCAUCACCUCCAAGCCGCCAACGCUCUUCUCGGGCGGUAUCCUUGCGGACGAUAUGGGUUUGGGAAAGACGCUCCAAAUCAUCAGCUUAAUCCUUACCGGUGGCCCUGGUUCAACGCUGAUAGUUGCUCCCGUUAGUGUGAUGAGCAACUGGGAGCAGCAGAUCCGAAGGCACGUCAAAGAGGAACAUCAACCCAGUAUCCUGAUAUAUCAUGGCGCCAAGAAAGUGGCGGCCAAAGAGCUCGAGGGAUACGACGUUGUCAUUACUAGCUAUGGCACACUUGCCAAGGAACUGGAUGACGGCGUCAGCAAGACUCUCUUGAGCCCAAAGAAGAACUGGCGGCGAGUUGUGCUCGAUGAAGGGCACACAAUAAGGAACGUCAAGACUAAGGCGGCUCUGGCAGCCUGUGAGCUCCACGCCCAGUCCCGUUGGGUGCUGACGGGAACUCCAAUUGUCAAUUCCGUCAAGGAUCUCCAAUCUCUGGUCAAGUUCCUGCAUAUUACAGGAGGCAUUGAGCAGCCUGAGAUAUUUGGGAAUGCAAUCUCGCGCAAACUAAUGAUGGGCGAUCGCAGUGGGGAGGUCCUUUUGCAAUCUCUGAUGCAGGAUAUUUGUCUGCGUCGCAGGAAAGACAUGAAAUUUGUCGACCUCAAACUUCCCAAGAAGACAGAGUACCUCCACCGAAUUACCUUCCACCCAGAAGAGCAGGCCAAAUACGACGCUCUGUUAUCUGAGGCCAGGGGCGUGUUGGAGGAAUACCAAGCAAGAUCGCAAAGUGGACAGAAGGGCCGCUUCCAAAAUGUGUUGGAGCGCCUUCUUCGGCUUCGGCAGUCAUGCAACCACUGGACUCUAUGCAGAGAACGGAUUAAUGAUCUGAUGCAAAUGCUCAAAGACCAGGACGUUGUACCUCUGACCGAGAAGAACCGCGCCCUGCUGCAGGAAGCUCUUCGGCUGUACAUUGACAGCCAAGAAGACUGCGCAAUCUGCUACGACGUGCCUACUAACCCCGUGAUUACAAACUGCCAGCAUGUGUUUUGUCGCCACUGCAUCUCCAGGGCAAUUCAGCUGCAGCACAAAUGUCCCAUGUGCCGCAACCCGCUGACAGAGGACAGUCUUCUGGAACCAGCCCCCGAGGGAACCUUUGAUAAGAACUUUGACACUGAACAGCAGAGUUCAAAGACAGAGGCAAUGCUACAGAUAAUUCGGGCUACAUUGAAGAAUGAUGGCUCGAAAAUCGUCAUCUUCUCACAGUGGACAUCAUUCCUCGACAUUGUGGAGAAGCAGCUCCAAGGUGCCGGUUUGAAGUACUGCAGGAUUGACGGAAGCAUGAAUACAGACAGACGAGAUCAGGCCAUCGAUGCUCUCGACAAUGAUUCAGAGACGCGCAUUCUGCUGGCCAGUCUGGCGGUUUGUAGCGUGGGGCUUAACCUUGUUUCCGCGGAUACGGUCGUUUUAUCCGACAGCUGGUGGGCGCCAGCAAUCGAAGACCAAGCCGUUGAUCGAGUCCAUCGUCUCGGCCAAAGACGCGAGACGAAGAUUUGGCGUCUCGUCAUGGAAAACACUGUUGAGGAGCGUGUGCUGGAUGUCCAGCAGGAGAAGCGCGACCUGGUCACCAAGGCGUUUCAGGAAAAGGACAAGGUAAAGAAGUCCAACGAGACGAGAAUGGCGGAUGUGAUGAAGCUGCUUUCUUAG